AUGUUGAAGGUUUUGUGUACAAUUUUCUUAAGUUUUCCUGUAGGAAUUCUCUCUCAAGCAUGGCACAACAAAGCCUGUUUAGAAGAUGAUGUAGGGUAUGUUGAGAGACUUGCUCAGGAAACAAUGUAUAAAAUCGAAAAAGAUGUCAAGUUUUGCAACUUGAAAGUCGAUGACUUUAAUCAAACUAUAAACAAUCAAAUGUACUCGUGGCACGUAUCAGGCUCAGUUCAAUAUACAGAUAAUUUCCUGAUUUCCAUACAGAGCGUACAUUUGGAGAAAAUUUCUUCAUUGGUCACUAGGAGAUUGGUGAAUAAUGUGCCAGAAUACCAGGCUGGUGUUCUAUUUACCUUAGUUUUCAACCAGGCAAAAAUAGGAUUUAAUGCUUUGGUGAAACUGGACAAUCAACCAGAACAACGAUAUACUUUGGAUUAUUUGUAUAACUCGAUAUCUUUUCCUAUAUCGAUAGUCCGCAUUUUGAACACAACUGAGACAACAUACACCUCAUCAAGUGCGGGAACUUUAGCGCAUGUUGUGAAGAUGAACUUUCUGCCUUACACAAAUGUCAGUCAAGUUAUAGGAAGGAACUUUAAAAGUAGUACAAUAAGUAGCUCAUUUACUAAAUGGGCCAGACAAAUUUUUCUUCCAAUAAUGGAAGAACUUGAAGACAUUAUUACAUUUCCUACAAUAAGACUGGACGGAUGCAAAUAA